AUGUGUCAGGUUGGGGCGGAAAGGGAUCGCGUGGGAGAACUGCAGCGCCAGGUGGCGGCCAUGCAGGACAGGAUCGCAGAGCAGCGCCGGCAGAUGGGCGGCGUCAACUCUGCGCGCGAGUGCGACAUCCAGGCAGAGAAGGCGAUGGCGGUGCUGGAGAAUCGGGUGGAACAGGCCUGGCACCGGCUGAACGCGCGACGCGCGGCGACGGCGGCGCUACGGGACACGAUAGACGGCGCGCGCAAGGAGCGGCUGGCCAUGGCCGAGCAGCAGAAGAAGCUGACGCAGCAGCUGGCGGCCGCUCGCGAACGCGCCGGCUCCUUGCUUCAAGCCAGCCGCGCCGCCUGCCUCGCCCGCAACAAGGCACGCCCUUUCUUAAACCGCCUGCUGCCACCCAUUGCUGAGAGCUGGACAGCUUUCUAG